AUGGCCUUAAACAAAUUAUCAAUAGAUAAAGUCGAUAUAAGUGGAAAGAGAAUUUUUAUGAGAGUCGAUUUCAAUGUACCUCUGAAAGACGGUGUUAUAACGAACAAUCAAAGAAUAGUCGCUGCCUUGGAUACCAUCAAAUAUGCUAUAGAAAAAGGUGCUAAAAGUGUAGUACUAGGCUCCCAUUUAGGAAGGCCUGAUGGUUCUGCAAUUCCAAAGUAUUCCAUGCAACCAGUGGCCGAUGAAUUGAAGAAAUUACUCAACAAGGAUGUUACUUUCUUGAAAGAUUGUGUUGGUCCUGAAGUUGAAAGUGCUUGUGCUAAUCCUGUUGCGGGUUCUGUAAUUCUGUUAGAAAAUCUUCGUUAUCAUGUUGAAGAAGAAGGAAAGGGUGUAGAUUCAGCUGGAAAAAAAAUUAAAGCUGAUCCUGCCAAAGUGAAGGCUUUUAGAGAAAGUUUAAGAAAAUUAGGAGACAUCUAUGUAAAUGAUGCAUUUGGUACUGCACAUCGUGCUCAUUCUUCGAUGAUGGGUGAAGGCUAUGAACAGAGGUGUGCUGGUUUUCUACUAAAGAAAGAGUUAACUUAUUUCGCAAAGGCUUUAACAAACCCUGAGAGACCGUUCUUGGCCAUUCUUGGUGGUGCAAAAGUGGCAGAUAAAAUUCAGCUCAUUGAAAAUUUAUUAGACAAAGUGAAUGAGAUGAUUAUUGGAGGAGGUAUGGCUUAUACAUUCCUUAAAGUUACGGAAAAUAUGAAAUAUCCUGACCUACAUUAA